AUGCUUACUCUCAAACUUUUCGUUUACACAGUAGUAAUAUUCUUUGUUUCUCUCUUCAUCUUUGGAUUCCUAUCCAAUGAUCCAGGACGUAAUCCUGGACGUGAAGAAUAA